AUGAUAUUUGUGGUCCUGGAGCUGAGGUACAACACGUGUGCGCACCUCUGUGCGCAUGAGCGAGAGAACGACAUACACAGACAGACAGGCAAACAGACGAAGCUGCCUUUCACCAUCCCAGAGCUGGUCCAGUCAGCCCCCUGCAAGAGCUCGGAUGGCAUUCUCUAUACGGGGAAGAAGCAGGAUGUGUGGUUUGUGGUGGAUCCUGAAACGGGGGAAAAGCAGACAAGCCUAACCACCUCCUCCUCCGAAUCCAUCUGUCCGAACACACCUCUUCUUUACAUAGGACGCACAGAAUACAUGAUCACCAUGUUUGACACCAAGACCCAGGAGCUACGGUGGAACGCCACGUACAACGACUACUCGGCGCCCCCCUAUGACGAGAAACAGGACUACAGGAUGGCUCAUCUUGUAUCCAGUGGUGACGGUCUGGUGGUUACAGUGGACAGAGAAACAGGUGACGUCCUGUGGAGUCAGAACUACGGUUCCCCCGUGGUGGGGGUCUAUCUGUACUCGGGGGAGUCGCUGAGACACGCCCCCCACCUGUCCCUGGCCCUGGAGACGCUGCGCUACCUCACCUUCGCCUCGGCCAGCGACCAGGCGGACUCCCCCUCCACGCUGAAGUGGAGCUACCAGUUUGUGAAGGAGCAGGCCACUGCCCAGGCACAGCUUGUGCCUACCCUCUAUGUGGGCAAACUGGACUCCCGCCUGUAUGCAUCCACCUCAUUGGUCCAUCACGGAGUCCCCCUGGUGCCUCGGGGCCUGACCCUAGCCCGCAUCGAGGGUCCCAUCACGGCCGGCGUGACGCUGCGACAGAAAGGGGAGUGUGAGAGCAUGCCGUCCACCGACGUGCGCUAUCCCCACGGCAGCACCAACAGCCGGAACAACCACUGGCUGCUGAUAGGGCAUCACGAGCUCCCUCCGUUGGCUCACACCACCAUGCUGAGGGAGUUCCCCGUCAGCCUCCAGCGCUCCAGAGAGCCCUUCAUCCCCCCCCGGACCCCCGCCGCCUCCCACUACAACCAGCACUAUUUUGAGACUGCAUCUCAGGGCCAGGGUGAAGGGGACCAUGACGAUGAAGAGAAUGGGGUACGCACGCACGGGACGAAGGGGGUCCGGGGCAAACGGCCCUCCAGAAUUCUGCCCUCCUCCCUGUCCCAGGACCCCCUGACGCUGGCAGUCCUCACCCUGCUGGUGGGGGGCUGGCUGGCCUUCGCUCUCACCUACCCCUCGCGUGCUGUCAAAGUUCAGAAGGUUCAAAGGCCGGGAGGCGACACGGAAACCUCAGAACCACUGAGAGACGACAGCCAGACGAAUACACACUCCUCUCCUCCCACCCUCUCUAACUCCAGUAGCGAAUUCAAGGCAGCGUCUACUGAAUCUCUACCUGAGUCUCUGAUAAGCAGCAAUUCAGAUGCAGACAGCAGAAGCAGAACCACUGGACUUCCACAAACAACUGAAGUGGAAGGAGAUGAGGUCAACGUGGGGAAGAUGACCUUCAAGCCAUCUGAGGUUCUGGGACAUGGUUCAGCAGGAACCUUCGUCUUCAGGGGCCAUUUUGACGGCCGGCAAGUGGCCGUGAAGCGCAUCCUGCCCGAGUGCUUCGAGGUGGCGGAGCGCGAAGUGCAGCUAUUAAGGGAGUCGGACACGCACCCCAACGUCAUCCGCUACUUCUGCACUGAGAGGGACCGGCUUUUCACCUACAUCGCCAUCGAGCUGUGCGCUGCCACUCUGCAACAGUAUGUGGAAGACCCAACCGGCUUCCCUGGGCUGAGUGCAGUGACUCUACUGGAGCAGACCAUGUGUGGCCUCUCUCACCUUCACUCUCUCAACAUAGUCCACCGGGAUCUGAAGCCGAGGAACAUCCUGAUCUCGGGUCCCGGGCCGCUGGGCCGGGUCCGGGCCCUCAUCUCAGACUUUGGGCUGUGCAAGAAGAUGCUGGACGGUCGCUGCAGCUUCUCCAUGCGCUCAGGGAUCCCCGGGACUGAGGGAUGGAUCGCCCCCGAGGUGCUGCGAGAAGCUCCCGGAAACAACCCGACAGCAGCGGUGGAUGUGUUCUCAGCCGGCUGUGUCUUCUAUUAUGUGGUCAGCAGGGGGCAGCACCCCUUUGGCGAUGCACUGAGGCGUCAGGUCAACAUCCUGGCAGGAGAAUACACACUCUCACACUUCAUGGAGGAUAUGCAUGAUGAUGUCAUAGCUCGGGAUCUGAUCGAGCGAAUGAUAAGUGCAGCGCCGGAGUCCCGCCCCUCGACUUCCUGUGUGCUCAAACAUCCCUUCUUUUGGAUUCCUGAGAAGCAGCUACUGUUCUUCCAGGACGUGAGUGACCGUAUAGAGAAGGAACCAGGGGAGGGGGCUAUUGUGGUGAGGCUAGAGACCGCGGGCAGAGCGGUGGUUCGAACCAACUGGAGGAUGCACAUCUCUGUGCCUUUGCAGACGGAUCUGAGAAAGUUCCGGACCUAUAAGGGGAACUCGGUCAGAGACCUUCUGAGGGCCAUGAGGAAUAAGAAGCACCACUAUCACGAGCUGCCCAAGGAGGUACAGGAGACCCUAGGCGAGGUUCCAGAAGGAUUUGUCGGUUACUUCACCUCGCGGUUUCCACGGUUACUGCUCCACACCCACAAUGCUUUGCACAUCUGCGCCCAUGAAAGACUAUUCCACCCUUACUAUUUGGCUCCUAUUGCCAAAUAGCAUUCACUAAUGGCCCCGGGCACAGUUUGAGUUUUACACUUCCUUGAAUGUUUUUGUACUACCAGAGGUUACAUGCGCAGUAUGUGUUUUAUUUUAACAAUCCUUGGAUUUUCAGAGAGUGAUUAAGGACUGGUGGGGGGAAAACCCACAUUGCACAUCAGGUAUGUUUUGGAAAUGAAGUUGAAAUUCCUCUGAUUCCAAGAGCACUCCACCAAGGGCUGAAUUUUAUAGCGGCUAUCCAUUUUAUACAUUUGAGGUAUUUGCCCUUUUUACCCCUGACAAUAGUACUUUCUCUAAGGAAAAGACCUUUCUCAAACAGAGGGCAAAUGUGUCACGGUAUUGCCGACAUCAAACACGCUUUUAAUUUGAAAUAUUUCAGACGCAAAGUGUAUUGGGUGAUUUGCAUCUGCAUGGUAUUUGCGGCUCCACUUGUAUUGAAUGUAUUUUCAUUGUUAUUUUGGGGGCUCUUUGGUUACUGAUGGUAGUUGUUACACACUGACCGAA